AUGGCGGCUGCAGCAAAUUCAAGUUUACUUUUUGACAAUGUGAAUAAACUCUUGUCAACCUUUAUUCCAGCACAUAAUCAACAUGAUUGCAAUCAGUUGUAUGCAUCUAUUGGUGUUAAAUCACAUGGAACAAUUACUUUUCCUGAUAAUAAAUCCAAUCGAGCUGAAUUUAUUCGUGUACCACCUGAUGCAUCCGUUACGCAUGUUAAAGAUCUACUUAAUCGACUAUGGUGUAAUGGACGUCCAUCACUUGUCAUAUCGGUAACUGGUGGUGCAAAAGAAUAUAAUAUGAAACCAAAAUUAUUAAGAGCAUUUCGACGUGGUCUUCUCAAAGUUGCACGUACAACUGGUGCAUGGAUUAUUACUGGUGGUAUGAAUACAGGUAUUAUGAAACUUGUAGGUGAAAUUGUUCAAAUAAAUCCUGAUCGUUCUCGACCAAUUCAUUUAAUUGGUAUUGCUACAUGGGGUUGUGUAUCUGGUUUUCAACAACUUGAUGUACAUGGUGCAAAUGUUCAUUAUGCUAAACCACGUAGUGAACAAAAAGGUGAAGCACCACUUGAACCAAAUCAUACAGAAUAUAUUUUUGUUGAUGAUGGAAGUGAAAGAAAAUAUGGUCGUGAAAUAUCUUUUCGUGCAAAACUUGAACAAGCUAUAUCAGGUGGAUUUUUUGCAUCAAAACCUACAGCAACUCAUCUUAAUAAUCAAUCGACUAGUGCAUCAACAACUCCAUCUUUACGACCGGAGCAAUCAGAUCCAGUACCUGUUGUUCUUCUCGUUGUUGAAGGAGGUCCAAAUACAGUUCGAACAGUUCAUGAAGCUGUUGUUCAAAAUAAUAUACCAGCUGUGUUUCUCGAAGGAACAGGACGUUGUUGUGAUUUGUUUGCUAAAGCAUAUCAUCUUUAUAAUGAAAAUCUUACAAAAUUAGAUAUUUCUGAUGAAACAGCAGCAAAUAUGGAUCCAAAUGUUUUAUUAAAACGUUAUGAUGAAUUAAAAAAUAAACUUCGAGAAGAACUUAAAGAAGAAAUUCGUGCAAUUAGCGGUGCAAGUGAUACAUCAGCUACAGCUACUACUAAAACUCCACGUAAAAGUGAAGCCACAACAGCAAAUAAACCUAAUGGUCCUGUUGAUAAAAUAGAUUAUUUUGAACUAGUUUAUGAAUGUAUUCAUACUCGAAAGAAUUUCUUAAAUAUAAUCAGUCUUAAUUCACGAAAUCCAGUUGAACCAGAUAUUGAUUUAGUUAUUUUACAAGCUUUAUUAAAUGCUACAUCGUCUAGUGGUCAAACUAAAACAAAUAUGCAACGAAAACGUGAACAACUUCGUUUAGCAUUAGAAUGGAAUCGUGUUGAUAUAGCUAAAAAUUUUAUCAUGAAAAAUGAUCGAGAUUGGGAAAUUGAUCUAAAUGAUUUAUUUACAUUGGCACUUAAUAAUGAUCAAAUAGCAUUUGUUAAAUUAUUUCUUGAUCAUGAUUUUUCAUUGACUGAUCUAUUUCGUAAUCAUGAUAAAUUUAUUACACUCUAUACAAAUGAUCAGAAUGAAACUGACAAUUUUCGAAAUAAUUACAAUGAUCCAUUACGAACAAUUUAUAAAAAAAUCAUACAACCAUUAAUAGGAGAUUUUUUUGAUGUUGAUGCUGUAUUUCCGUCAGCUGAUACAACUGCAGCUCAUGAAUUGAUCAAUAACAAUGAAGAUAAAGCAUGUUUUUGCUGUAACCCUCGACGUUAUCAUAAAACUGAAGUUAAUGAUCCUAAUGGUAGUAUACACUCCGAAGGAACAACAGGUUAUUCUGCUGGUAAUAUUGAUAUUGAUAAGGAACUUUUUCUCUGGUCGGUUAUUAAAGGUAGACGAGAUUUUGCAUUAUUAUUUUGGUCUCGUUGUAAAAAUAAGAUUUGUGCAGCAUUAGUUGCUACAUUAAUCUAUAGAAAACGUGCUCGAAAAGAAAAUGAUCAAAGUUAUAAUCUAUCAGCUGAUGAAUUUGAAAAUUUAGCUGUACAAAUACUUGAUAAAUUUUAUCAAUCAAGUUAUCAUGCAUGUACAAAAGCUAUUAUAAGACAAAUUCCAGCAUAUGGUAAUGUUACAUGGUUAGAAUUAGCUGUUGCAGCAGAAGCGAAACAAUUUAUUGCACAACGAGCUGUACAAGAUGUACUUAAUGAUAUUUGGUAUGGAUAUAUUGAUCAACGUGUUCCUGAUAUGAAAAUUGUUUUUUCUACAAUUAUGCUUUGGUAUAGUGGUCUUCUUCCUUAUCAAAGUGAAUUAGUAAAAACAGAUCCUGAAUCAUUAUUUAUUGAAAAUACAAUUAAUAAAUCACGUUUACUACAAACAUGUGAACAAAAACGAUACAUAGAUAGGAAAACAGAUACAGUUGAUAUGAGAUUACUCGCAGGUUUAUCAAAUGGUGAUAAUAUACCUGUUGAAUUCGUCAAUAUUGGCUGUUGGGAAAAGACAAAAGCUGGAGUUGUUAAAUAUUUUACUAAUGUUGCUACAUUUAUGUCUGCUCCAUUUGUUAAAUAUAUUUAUAAUCUAUAUUUUCAUGUGUUUUUUCUAUUGCUUUUCUCCUAUGUUAUAUUAUGUGAUUUUUUUCCACUCUACGAUUUUCCAGUGGAUAAAUGUGCACCAUCCAGUGAUCCACCAAAUUAUAAUGAUAAUGUUAAUAAUAAUAAAAAUCAUCAAUCAGAUCAAGAUCACAGUAAUACUAAUAAACCAGGGCCGUAUGGAUUACAACGACAUACACGACCAGCUACUACUGAAUUGAUACUUGCUGCAUGGGUUUUUACAUUAUUAUGUGAAGAAAUUCGACAGCUCUUUUCAACAGAAGCACAAUCGAAACGAAAUGCUAUUUCAGCUUAUUUUAAAAAUUUUUGGAAUAAAUUAGAUGUAUUAGCAAUAAUUUUAUUUUUCACCGCUUUUACACUUCGAUUUAUACCAAUAGCAGAAUGUUUUUGUGCAGCACGUAUUAUUUUAUCACUUGAUUUGACUAUUUGGUUUAUGCGUUCAUUGGAUAUAUUUGCUGCUGUUAAAAGGCUUGGACCUAAGCUCGUAAUGAUCGGUGAAAUGGUACAUGAUCUAAAAUUUUUUAUGUUAAUGUUAAUUGUAUUCAUUUUGGCAUUUGGUGUAUCAUCUUACAGUCUUAUAUAUGGUGUACGACCAUUUACUUGGCAUUUACCACGUGAAAUAGUCAAUCUUGCAUAUUGGCAAAUAUUUGGCGAAUUGAAUGCAUUGGAAAAAUUUGAACACGAUUAUAAAGCAAAUGGUUAUGCAGUCUUUAUUCUACUUGUUGCUUAUAUGGCUGUUGUCAGUAUACUUUUGAUCAAUCUACUUAUUGCUAUGUUUAGUAAUACAUUUGAUCGUCUUCAAACCGAUACAGAUCGUAUCUGGAAAUUUCAACGAUAUUCUUUAGUGUGCGAAUAUUUAUCUCGACCAUCAUUACCACCACCCUUCAUAUUCAUUUCUCAUCUUUGGCGAUUUAUAUUAUAUACAUCAGCACGAUGUUGUCGUUGUCGACCUAUUCAAGCACGAUAUGCACAACAUUCAAGUGGAACGAAAUAUAAAACACUCCUUAAUGAAAAAUAUACAUCUAUUAUUGAAAUAGCUGAAGAUGCACUUGGUGAUGAAGUUUAUUAUACUCAUUUGAAAUUAGGUAGAAAACUAGUGGAUGAAACAGAUUUAGAUGAAGAACGUGUUCAAACGCCGCAAGAGAAUAUGUUCAAUAAAAUGCGAACACUCGAAAAUCGAAUACAAACAAUGAGUAAUCAACAAGCUCAUAUGUUUGAAUAUCUUGAAUGUUUAAUGGAAGGUUUAAAAAUAAUGGGUGGAGAUCGUAUAAAAACACCUGAAACACGUCGUUUUGAUCCUGAAGAAUCAUUAAUUAAUACACAGGUAGAUGAUGAUCUAUUACUACACAAUAGCUAUCAUAAUCUGGGCUAUCAUUCAAUUUAA